AUCAUCAGCGGGCAGGAGCUGCCGCGGCCGCGAGGAUCGACGGCGAAGGCCCGCGUCGUGGACCCUUACGUCCUCGUCCAGGUCUUCGGCAUCCCUGCCGACUGCACCGAGCGAAAGACCCGGACGGUGAGCAACGAGGGAAACAACCCGGUGUUCGACGCCACCUUCGAGAUCCCCAUCCGAGAGCCUCACUUGGCCUUGAUUCGAUUCGUGGUCCUGGACGACGAGUUCAUCGGGGACGACUUCAUCGGCCAGUUACCGCCACGUGCGGCUGCUCUCCGCGACCGGCGAGCAGCUGGAGAACGUGACGCUCUUCGUCCACGUGGCCAUCUCCAACCGCCGCGGCGGCGGGGUGAGUUCGAAGGUGACGUCAUCUCCGUCGUCUGCUUCGCUCGGUUUGCACGCCGCCUUGCACGAGGAGGAGCAGUGCUCCGUGGAGGA